AUGGUCAAGAAGACACUUGUAUUGGAUAUGGUUAAGAGUGAAAAUGACAAUGAAGCCAAUGUUAAAAAAAGCGAUUUAUCUCAAAAUAAUCUUCUUAACACAUUAAGCGUCUUUCCAAAAGAAUAUGAAAUAAAAUUCGAAGCUUGUUUCACUUCUUUUCCUUCUGGUAAUCCUAAUUUAACUUGGCCAAAUAUUUUUAACUUCAAUAUCGGAAAUACUAAUGAUGUUAAUAACCGAGCAUUAGGGUUAUGGUUUAAUCCGAAUGGAGAUAUUCUUUUUCACGGAUUGAUAAAUAAUAUCGCUUUCAAAGUAGUUUUUCAGAGUGUUAUCACGAUAGGAUGUAGCCAAUACUCAAUUAGUCAGCACUUAUUUCAGUACUUUAAUUUUUCUAUAGAGGUAUCAGGAAAAACUAUAUUUACAAUUGAAAACACCGGUGCAAAAGAAUUCAACAAUGUUAACAUGUAUUUUUCUGACCCUUGGCACGGCUCACAUCCAGGCUAUGUAAAAAACCUUUCAGUAACAAAAGGAUGUUCAGAAUUGUUCACAUUGGUAGAAAAGAGUGACAUACUUCAAAACAACCUUCUUCAAAGAAUAAACGUUUUUCCAAUAGAAUAUGAUAUAUCAUUUGAAGCCUGCUUAACAUCAUUUACUUCAGGAAACUAUUCAACUAACUUAUCCAACGUGUUUUAUUUAACUAAUAGUGGUAACAAUUUUUGUCUCGUAUGUAUGUGGUUUUCUCCAAAUGGUGAAAUGCAUUUAUCGGCAUUCAUAAAUAGUACAUCUUAUAAUUUCACAACAAAGCCUUUUGAAUUAGGAUGCAAACAAUAUAAAAUUAGUCAGACUCUAUAUCAAGGAAAUUAUAUUUUUACUAUACUAGUUGAUGGAUGGACUCUUUCAACAGUCAAAAACGCGGCACCACAAGAGUUUAGCGAUGUUCAAAUCUAUAUUUCCAAUCCGUGGACUGUAGCACAACCGGGAUACACAAACAACUUUGUGAUAACAAGAAGAUGUUCAGAUUUGUUUUCUUUGAAAGAAGAUUAUAACAUAGUCAGUAAUAGCCUUUUUCAUACGAUUGAAAUUUUUCCUAAAGAAUAUGAAAUAACUUUUGAAACCUGUUUAACUUCAUUUACAAAUGGAAACUAUUGGACUCACUCAUCAAAUCUUUUUUAUUUUACUAAUAAUGGCUACGAUUCAUGUGUUUUAUGCAUAUGGUUUUCUCCAAGUGGUGAAUUAGGGUUGAUCGCAACGAUAAGUAGUACAUCAUAUGUUUUACUAACUAAACCCUUUGAAUUUGGAUGCAAAAAAUAUAAAAUAAACCAGGUACUACAUCAUGGAUAUUAUGUUUUUAGUCUAGAAGUUGAUAAGUUGAUUCUCUCAAGAGUCAAAAAUAUUUCUCCACAAGAGUUUGCCAAAGUACAAUUGUAUAUUUCCGAUCCGUGGGCGAUAGCGCAGCCUGGCCUAAUGAGAAAUUUAAUUAUCAGAAAAGGAUGUUCAGGUAAAUAA